GCUGGGUUGGUGAACACGAUACAUGAAUGUCAAAUUUUAUAGUACUAAUCUAGUGUAGUGUAAUUUUUAACUAAAUGAAGCAAUUUUUAUAAUUUUGGUGUAUUAUUGUUUGUGCAGACUCACCAUGCGUUUGUUUGCAUUAUCGGUGCUACUGUUUGUGUACGGAGCAUUUAUUGUACAAGCCUAUGAAGAUAAUACAUUGGAAGAUGAUGAUUUUGCAGAAUUUGAACAAUUUGAUGCUGAUGAUGAUGAUCCAAUUGAUAUUAAACUAGAAUUCAGUGAAGAUGGCAAAGAUAUUCCUCCACUUAAGAAUAGAGAUAAGGACCAGUUUGAGGCACAAGUAGAAACUGAAGAUGAUAUGAUAGUGGAAGAUGAUGAUAAUGAAUUUGAACAUUUCCAAGACCCAGAAGAGUUUGAAGGUUUUCAAGACAGCUCUGCGCCACAUGUGUCUGAACAACCAAAAAUCACCAUUUCUAAGGUUCCUAUUACGGUGCGGCCUCGGUGGGAUGCAUAUUGGUUGGAAGGCAUCCUGUGCUGUUUACUAGUGGCUUAUGCAUUAGGGUAUGCUGUGGGUCGUUCAAAAAAUACAUCCAUCGCUCUUAAUUUCCUGAAGAUGCAUAAACCUCUAUUGGAUGAUAAUUUUACUCUAGUUGGGGAAACUGGUUCAGAUGUGGUGUCAAUAGGGGAGGAUCGCGGGUGGCGGCGGGAGGCGGAACAUUGUUUCACAAUGUGGUGCAGUGGACGCGUUUGUUGCGAAGGAAUGUUGCUCACAUUAAAACUCAUCAAGCGACAAGACUUGGUGCAUGUUUUACUGGGUGUGGUCCGACCCAGUCCGGAUACUUUGCUCAUUCGGGUGGAGCUGGGUAAAGACGACUGCGAUCCCUUCGUGUUAUGUAUCGCGCAAAAGAAAAUCGCCACGCGUUUUUCUAAGGAGAUGCAGGACUUGAGCGUGUUCUGUCCGGACCGGCGUCCGGGCGACAAGCACGGGCUGCCGGGCGCGCUGUCCGUGAUGUCCGAGUGCGCGGAGGCGACCGCCGCGGUGCUGGACGCGCGCGUGCAGGCCGCCCUCGCGCACUACCACCACCACCUGCAGUACAUACACAUCUCCGACCGGUACUCCGGCCCCAAGCAGAUGGAGGAACAGGCGGUCACUAAGCCUCCAGAUACUGAACGGGUCCUGUUAGUGAGCCUGGCUCUGGGCCCCGACGGUGGAGGGGAUGAAGUGCGACCCCUACUAAUGCUCGUGUUCCAUUUACUAGAUAAGCUCAAGAGACUGCGACUCAGUAAGGAGGCGCUGGCCAAAUGUGAGAAGCGUCGCCAGAAAGUAGCGGAGGCGUGGCUGCGGGGCGCGCACGCCGCCAGGCAGGAGCAGGCCGCGCUACGGCGGGAGGAGAGACGCAAGCAGGAGAAGGAACGGAUACUGGCGGAGGAUGAUCCCGAGAAACAGCGCCGUUGGGAGUUGAAAGAACAAAAACGCGAAAAGAAGAGGAAGACACCUAAGAUGAAACAACUCAAGGUGAAGGCGAUGUAAAUAAGUACAAUAGUCAGAUUCAAAUGCAAUAUUAUUUACAGUGGAUUUUGUUAUUUAUAGUUAAGUGUUACCUACUCAACAACCUCAAAUAAAUGAAUUUUAAGUUG